UGAGAGCAUCACCUGGGUACACAGACAGCCAUGACAGAAGCAGCACUACUGAAAUCACAGAGCGGGGUUUAUUCCAUAGAAGAGGGGACAGGCAUUUCUGCACAGCGGGAAGGUGCCCAAGGGAAAACCUUCAGGUCUGGGGCACUUUGAUGCCCAACGCCGCAGCCUUCCCCAUCCCUCCCUGGGCACCAUCUCCCAGAGGCAACGGGACGCAGCACUGCCCUAGCAGGACACACCAAAUGCAAAUAGAGUUGGAUUCACCUCUUGGCUCAAAACAGCUCUCUCCAUGAAAAGAAAGCAGGGCUUUCUAGCAAUUUCUUCUGUCUUCCACUUCCUAUUGCCACAAGACUGGUGCCACGCUGUGAUGUCACUGUGAUGCAACACAGGUGUCACCGUGGCGCUGGAGAACUUCCCAGGCAGCUUGUGCCAGGGCCCUUCAUCCUGCUGACCGGCAGGACGGAGCCUGGCUGGUCAGCAAAAGGGUCACGGCUGGAAGUUGCAGCCAAGCUGUGAAAAAAAAAAGCUAAAAUGGAGCCACCUUCACCAGAGACAUCCUGCACUUCUGACCCAGAGGAGCCAGACUGGUGGGCAACUUCAGCUUCUCCCGACCACCCAGGAGGUGGUACGGGAACAUCCUGGGAUGAUGCCACCAGACCUCCUGGAGAAGAAAACACUUUUCAAGGUUUGCCUGAUGAAUCCUGGACCUCCAUCAUAUGGGUUUUUUUCUCAGAGGAGAGCUCUGCCAACACCAACCAGUCUUCAGCCUGCUCCUUCCUCAAGAAGCUCUGGAAGAUCAUCAGCAGCCAUCACUUCCAGUCAAUCUGGUGGGGUGAUGAUGGAAACUGCAUCGUGAUCGCAGAAAAACUCUUCAAAAGGGAAGUGCUGGGGAGGAGGGGACCCCUGAAGAUCUUUAAAACCGAGUCCAUGAGAGGCUUCAUUUUCCAACUUAACCUCCAUGGAUUCUGCAAAAUGGAAGGGGAUUCUCUCAUAUCUGCCUCCAUCGAGGAGGUGCGAGCAGUAGCAGCAGCAGGUUCUGCUCUGGGCAAGCUGCUCUUCUACCACAACCCCUUUUUUAAGAGAGAUUGCCCUAACCUCCUCUGGAUGUGCACGCAAAGUGCUGGUGAAAGAAAGAGAGCCCCCUCUGCAUCCCCACAGGGCCCCAACUUGAAGGACGACGACCCGAGAAGAAGACGACCUGAUGCUCAGCCAGCGGUAGGAGCGGAGGAGGAGGAGAACGACACCCAGACAUCUGCAACCACCAGCUCCACACCGACCGAGCCACGGGCUGACACAACCGCCCAGACGGGCAGUGCCGGUCCAUCCCCACCAAAACGGCACUGCAGCCACAGCCCCGCUGGCAGCCAGGAGGCGGCUCCUGCUCCAUCCAUGGCUUCACCACACCGUGUCACACCUCCUGCCCCAAACAGUCCCUUCACCCUAGCCAUGGGACUCCCCACAUUUCCACCUGGGCAGCCAGAAUUCGUUGCUGUGCAGGUCCCCAGGGCUGGCCUGCCUCCAUUCUGCGCUCCAUGGUUUGCGAUGACCACACUGGCAGCACCAUCUGCCGUUCCCGUGCCAGGGCCACCGCACGGCCAAGCUCCAACCCACCGCCACUGCCCGACCUGCACCUGCGGACCAAACACCGCAGCUGCCGGCGACAGGGUUGGACCUCAGUGGGGGCUGGACUAGAAAGAGCAGAGACCUUAGGUAGCAAGUAAGCGUCAUAGAGGUAGAAAUACAUUAGUAUAGGAAUAAGUAACAGUAAAUUGUUUGUUGUUCUCAAUAAUAAAUCUUUUCAAGUUGCCUUGUCCUG